AUGCCUCUAAAAAACCAGCAAUAUUCAAAAUUCUCAGCCGAGUUUGAAAAUUUCCUCAAAGGACAGACCGAGGGAAAUCCACUUGCAGCUCUUCCUCUUAAAGAAGUACGAGAGGCCGUUGCAAAUGCAGAAUCAGCGCUUUGGGACCGAGACAGCGAGGGGAUCAAAUGGAGGGAACUCAGCAUUUCGGCACCAUCAGUAGGAUUGGAAGUUCCAAUCAGGAUAUAUGAGCCAAGUCCCUCGCCACAGGAGCUCCCAGGUCACAUUGCCUUUAUGAUUCACGGAGGUGGAUGGUCCUUGGGUGGCACCUACUCGGAUUCCUACGCGGUACGUGCCCUUGUGAGGAGGCUAGGCAUGGUUGUCGUCACGAUCGGGUACCAUCUCGCCCCAGAGAAUCCCUUCCCAGUAGCGUUGAAUGAGUGCUGUGACGCUCUCCAGUGGAUCUGCACUCAAUCAGGACUGGUAAAAUCGCCUCAGCAGAAACUUGUCAUGGCUGGAUUCAGUGCUGGGGGGAAUCUAUCAGCAGCAGUAACACAGUGGGCGUGCAGAAACCGCUUGGCUCGCCACAUCGCAGCGCAGGUUCUCUUUUCGCCUGCCACCUGUCACUACAAGCAGCUGGCACAUGCCAGCCACGCCUUCAACACAGAGCUGGAGUCAAUCAACAACGCAACCUCGCCUUUUCUGUCGCCGGAGCAGCUCAAAGGCUUCUGGGACAUAUAUGACGCAGCAGAUGGGAAAGACUCAAGGGUGUCGCCUCUUCUGGCCGAAAACCUGUCCACUCAGCCUCCAACUUAUAUUCAGGUCUGUGGUGCCGACCCUCUGCGCGAUGAAGGCCUCGCCUACGCGGAACGAUUGCAGAGGGCAGGCGUGGAAGUCGGAGUCGAUAUCUAUGCGGGGAUGCCGCAUGCUUAUCACAGUGAUUUGAUCGCUAUUCCAGGGCGCGGGAGAACUAUGGAUGACUUGGUAAAGUGGUUGAGUCCCGUCUUGUCGCCGCGAAACAUUUCUGAGGACAGCAUCAAGUCACAGUUAUCUUGA